UCAGAUUGCCAUUUGGCACCAUUUCUUUGAGUGUCAUAUUCAAGUUGAGGAGGAGGAGACGCGCUCCGUUCACGUCGGUUUGGCCCGGUCGCAACCCAACAUCAAACAUCACCAUCACGAUUCAUAUCCACCGCCGUCCAACUUACGAUAGGAUCUGCGAAGCAAGCGACGACCUUCUCAAACCUCCCGGCCUUCUCUUCAGCUCCGACUCAUUCGAGUUCAUGUACUUUAAAACCCGCCAUCCAUGACGACUGUCGUACGGACCCGUCAGCCGCUACAAAUCCUGAGCAUGAGCAGCAACCAGAGGCGCAGCAAACGCCUUGCGGCCGAGGCAGUAUAUGACGAGCAAGACGGCGAUUUCCUCUUCACGCGCGGCUCAAAGAGAGCCAGAACCACACUAAUAGCUCCAGCGUCCACGUUAGAGGACGCCGAGAAUGAACCGGUGGUGAUAUCUGUGCCUGCGAAAAAGCCCGUCGGCAGACCCCCAAAGAAUAGCGCAAGGAAGCGCGCAUCAUCCCCUGUGCAAGAGUCGCCUCCGCCGCCACCACCAGCCGCACAACAGCAGCAGAUCUCCGGACCGAUACCGAGGAGGACGUCGAAACGAAAAUCAAAUGGUGGUUCUGCUGCUGCUGCGCCUCCGCCCGCACCCGCGCCUUCAGCAGCGGUAUCCGCUGUGAAUGAGGAGGAUGCUGCUCCUAAAUCGAGGGGUCGUCGGAAAGGCCUCCCACCAAAACAACAGAAGAACGACGAGGUACCGCGACCAGAAAACGGCAUGCGCGCGGUACCAGAACCGGAGGACGAGGAGGAGGAGGAUGGGCCAAAUCUCGUUGGGGCGACGCCAAUGGACAUCGACGACACAAGGGAUUUGAGGACCAAGGGCCGGAAAGGAGCAGGAGGACGAGGAGGAGGGAGACGAAGCUCUUUAGAGCCACAGCAAAUUGUACUACCACUCAGCGACACGCCAAUCAUCAACCGGAACAAAGAAAUGCGGAAGAAGGGCGGUGCAAGCGGCAGUCGGCGGAGCAGUCUAGGGAUGAGGGGAAGGCGAGCGAGUUCCUUGAUCGAGAACGGGCAUAGUGCGAUACCGCAUCGCGAGGUCGACCCGUCCGAAUUCUACAAGCAUAUCGAAGCUGAGGGGCUGAGCGAGCCAAGGCGGAUGAGGCAGCUUUUGACGUGGUGCGGCGAAAGGGCUCUUAGUGAGAAGCCACCGCAUGGGAGUCAUGGGUCUAGUGCAAUUCUUGGAGCGCGCGCGAUACAAGACCAAUUGCUCAAGGAUUUUGGAGCGAGGUCAGAAUUCUCGGAUUGGUUUGCUAGAGAGGAAGCAUCGAAGCCCCCCGUGGUGCUACAACCAAACCCGCGAAAUCUCGAGCACGACGCCAAGAUUGCAGAACUCGAAGCGAAGAUCAAAAGACUAAAAGAAGAGAAAAAAGCCUGGCAAGCCCUGGCCAAACCUCUCCCAGACCUCGAACCGCUAUACCCCGACUCCGACCCAACCAAAGCACCACUACCCGAACCGUCACUUCUCGACGCCGAGGAAGCCAAAAUCCUUGCCUCUCUGGUCGAGCCCGACACAGCCUUCAGCUCCUUCCGUCGUCGGACGCGAUCGCGCCUGCAGAAUGUGCAGUCCUCGCUCGAGUUCAAGAUCGACCACCUGGCCGAUAGCGUGCACAAGCUCGACAUGCGGGUCUCGACGGCGGGCCGCGAGGCGGAUCAGGUGCUUAUGCUGAGCGCGGCCAGGUUGAAGGAGCGGGAGGAGAGGGAGAAGGGAAGAGUGGGAACGAGGGAUUUGCCGACUAUUGAGGUGUUAAGAAGUUUGGGGAGGAUAUUGCCUGCUGAAGGGGGUUGAGUCUGGGUAAAGCAGAGGAAUCAAAACGGGAAUUCUCUCACGUUUUGCGGAUACCCUUUUUGUUUUCCUUUUCUAUGUGUUGUUCUUGUUCAAUGACCUCGGCGAUAUUUCCUUCGGGACCGGGAGUACGGGCGGCAAGGGCGGGGAGAUUUGGGUUUGAAGGCAUAUGCGAUGGCGUUCAAAGAACGCAUGGGGUACCAUUGGGCUUGCAGUUUUGGCAUUUAGGUCGGGAGUGGGGAAGAACAUUGAAUUGAAAGCGCUCUUAGGGGCGUGUGGUCUGACCCAGCAUUUGCCGUCCCGGUGGCGCGGUACCCAAUAUCAUGUCUUCUCCAUGUAGUACAUCAACAACCACAUUAUGGACAGUCCAAAGUGACUGUUCGUGUUUUGCUUUCAGCGGCUCAACCUUUGGUCCAGUUCGACAUCUAACGUUGUGUUAA